GAGGAGACGGAAUCACGAACGGCCGGAAGGAGAUACAGGGAAUCUGGAGGGCGGGGCCAGGAGCGGACAUCCGGGUGGUUUCAAAGCCUGCUUAUUCCCUCUCCGCUCCAAAAGGAAGGGAAAGCUUUAGUGGGACUGUUUUAGAGCUGUUUCUUGUACGCGGCCUUUCGGGGUCUUUAAGUGUGUUCAGCACAGUGAAGUGGCAAAGGUUUCGCUGGACUUUAGGGCGCAGAGAAAGGAAUUAAUAUUUUUACACAUCAGAUCUUUAUGUGUUUAAGAAGUAAAUCUAACUGAGUGUAGUGGGCCUCACUCUCAGGUAAACGUGUAUAGGAUUGUAGCUUUAGGUUUAAAUGCUGCAGUCUUAUAUGCACUUACCUGAGAGUAAGACGUACUGAACUCAGUGGAGCUUAAAUACGUAUGGGAUCGCACUCUCAAUAUAUUCUUUGUGUAUUUAAAAAACACUCCUUUUGAGAACAGAAUAGGGAAUGGCCAAUGGCUUUCUCAUGGAAGUAUGUGUUGAUUCUGUUGAGUCUGCUGUGAAUGCAGAGAGAGGAGGUGCUGGCCGCCUUGAAUUGUGUGCCAGUCUGAUGGAAGGAGGAACAACACCUAGUGUGGGCCUUCUGCAAGUGGUGAAGCAGUGUAUAAGGGUGCCUGUAUUUGUGAUGAUCCACCCCCGUGGGGGGGAUUUCCUCUAUUCUGACCGGGAAGUGGAGGUGAUGAAGGCAGACAUCCGACUUGCCAAGCAACAUGGGGCUGAUGGGUUGGUGUUUGGAGCCUUGACCGAGGAUGGGCGUAUAGACACAGAGCUCUGCACAGCACUGCUGGCUGCUUCCCGCCCUCUGCCGGUCACCUUCCACAGAGCUUUUGAUAUGGUCUAUGACCCUUUGGCAGCCUUGGAAACACUAAUAUCAAUGGGUUUUGAACGAGUGCUGACUAGUGGUUGUGACAGCUCUGCCCUAGAGGGGCUGCCCUUGAUAAAACGGCUGACAGAUCAGGCUAAGGGCAGGAUUGUUGUAGUGCCAGGGGGAGGCAUAACCGAGAGAAACCUGCAGCGAAUCCUAGAAGGCUCUGGGGCCUCUGAGUUUCACUGCUCAGCGCGCUCAGCCAAAGACUCAGGAAUGAAGUUCAGAAACCCCUGUGUUAACAUGGGGACCUACCUCUCUACACCUGAAUAUUCUGUCAAGGUGGCAGAUGUGGCUAAAGUGAGGACCCUGAAUGCAAUUGCGAAGAAUAUCCUGUAGAACAAGUUAUUAUGGUCCAUGAAGACCCAGCAAUCUUUAAACAUAGACAUUUCAACAACAUCCUUGCCAGCACUUAAAGGACAUGGGUCGAUCAAGUGAAGAAGCCUCUCCUAUUUCCACUUCCUGGUCUUGCUCCACAGCGUUUUUUCCUCAGAUGUUGUAAUGCCAUUUGUCUGUGGGGAGCAAACUAUGGAGAGGACUGAGGCUUGGUUAAAAGGGCACCUGCCAUUGGCAACACUCCCUGUGACUAACACUACUCAAAUAAACCCUGUAGCCACUCCA